CUCUUUUGCUUUGGUGAAGCCAAGAUGAGGUUCACAAUUGUCUUUGCUGGACUUCUCGGUGUCCUCCUGAUUCCUGCCUUUGCUGACUAUAAUAUCAACAUCAGCGAUAACAACAACAGCGGUGGAAGUGGGCAGCAGUCAGUGAGUGUCAACAAUGAACAUAAUGUGGCCAAUAUUGACAACAAUAAUGGAUGGGACUCCUGGAAUAUGCUCUGGGAUUACAGAACUGGCUUUGCUGCAACCAGAGUCUUUCACAAGAAGGCAUGCAUUGUGCACAGAAUGAACAGGGACGCCUUGCCUUCUCUUCAAGCCCUUGAUGCCAUGGUCAAGGAAAAGAAGCUUCAGGGUGAAGGACCAGGGGGACCACCUCCCAAAGGCCUGAUGUACUCCAUCAACCCCAACAAAGUCAACAACCUGGAACAGUUUGGAAAAUCCAUCGUUGGCAUGUGCAAAGGGAUUCCAACAUACAUGGCAGAAGAAAUUCAAGGGGCAAGCCUAUUUUUUUCCUCAGAAAAGUGCAUCAAUGCUUAUAUACUCUGGAUUUUGAACGUUUCUUUCUGUGGAAGUACAGUAGAAAACUAA